AGCAGCAUGAUGAAACGACAGCUGAUAAUGAUGAAGUAAACACCGCAACUACAUUACACAAUAGAGGGAGAUGAUUAACAAAAUGUUUAUUGUAGACACGGAGGAAGUAAAGGCCUGCUCUAGACCGAUCCUGAUAUAAACAAUCAUCAAGCAUGGCCUCAAACAUGGAUGAUGGUGGUCCCUGCUCUACGGAUGAUGUUACUCAGCAGGAAGACCCACAACAGAGACAGGAAACAAGACCAAAUCAGAACAAUGAAGGGGAGGAGACAAUUCCAGCCAUCGUCAUUAAAGAGCCAGACCACAAGAAACAGGGAAGGGUGAAGAAGUUAUUCAAAAAGACUGGACCAAAACACCAGAGGUUAAAAGUGAAGUGUCCAAUUGAUGAGCAAGGCAUUCUGUCGAGCAUUUGGUUUGCCUGGAUGACACCAGUGUUUUAUAAAGCUUGGAAAGGCUCUUUAAAGAAAGAAGAUCUCUUCAGUUGCUCGCCGUAUGACAGCGCUAAGGUUAACAGUGAAAGGUUGGAGCGCCUAUGGGCAGGUGAGCUGAAGCAAAAAGGUACGAAGAAGGCGUCCCUCGCUAUGGUGUACUUCAGGUUCCUCGCCAAACGUAGCUUCAUAAGUUGUCUCGUCUCGUUCAUUGGCCUUUUGUCGUCUUUCUUUGCAGCGGCGGUGUUUGUUCGACUCCUGAUAGAGUACUGCCAGCAGGAAGAGGAGGACCUACAACACGGCCUGCUGCUAGCCGGCGGGAUCGUUCUAUGUCAGAUUCUUGUCACUGCGACGAUGGGUGUCAGUUGGUAUCUUAAUAUUCGCACCGGGGGAAGAGUCCGAGCAGCCACUGUCGCCCUGAUCUACCACAAGACCAUCAGGCUACGCAGCACAAAAGGAAUGUCUAUUGGAGAAAUUGUGAAUCUCUGCACGAAUGACGGCCAGCGUCUCUUUGACAUGUUGCUCUACCUUCCACAUGCCUUAGCUGGUCCCCCGCUAGCCCUCAUCGCUCUCAUAUACACAAUCUACUUGAUCGGCCCGGCAGCACUUUUAGGAACCGGUGUCUUUGUUUUCUUCUUUCCACUGCAGGCUUUAUUCUCCAAAGUCAUUGCUCAUUACCGCAGUCGCUCCAUCGUGGUCACGGACCACCGGGUACGUCUCAUGUCUGAAAUCAUCAGCUGUAUCAAACUCAUCAAGAUGUACGCGUGGGAAGAUUCCUUCGCGUCAUGUAUCACAGGUAUUCGGAACAAUGAACGGUCUCUGCUACGAAAAGGUGGUUUCUUUCAGGCUCUAUGUCAGGCGCAGACCACACUGAUUCCCAUCUUAUCGACCAUCCUCACAAUCUGUCUGCACACAUUGCUGGGGAAUAAUAUCACUGCUUCACAGGCCUUUAGUUACAUCGCAGUGCUGAACUCAAUACGCUUUAUGAUCAUCGCGUUGCCCAAUGCAAUGAAAUCGUUGACGGACUGCUUUGUUGCAUUUCCAAGGAUAAAGUCCCUCCUCCUGAUGGAUGAGAUACAAGAAUUCACCAAAAAGCCGACCGACCCGGACAUUGCCCUGAGCAUGAUGAACACAACCUUCGCAUGGGAUAAAGAGGAAUCAACAGGGACAUUACCGGCCCCUAAAGCGGACCAGAACGCCCCCGUGGGCGGGACCCAAGAAAGGGUUGAGGAGGACAGGCCGGAGAGGGACCCACUGAUGGAGAAAGAUGCCGGCUUUACAGAGACUUUGUUCGAACUCAACUUGGACGUACAGAAGGGUCAGCUCUUAGGUAUCUGUGGCAGCAUCGGCAGUGGGAAAAGCUCCUUACUCCAGGCCAUCUUAAGUCGUAUGAUCCUUGUCAACGGAGACGUUGCCAUCGAUGGCUCGUUCGCCUACGUCUCUCAGCAGGCUUGCAUCAUGAACAUGAGCCUACGAGAGAACAUCCUACUGGGGGCGGAGUUUGACAAAAGGAGGUACGCCCAGGCUGUCGGUGUCUGUGCGUUGCAGGAGGACUUUGAUAUUUUGGCAGAUGGGGAUCAAACUGAAAUCGGUGAGCGAGGAAUCAACAUAAGCGGAGGUCAGAAACAGCGAGUCAGCCUCGCGAGGGCAGUAUAUGCCAAUAAAGAUAUUUAUUUAUUGGACGAUCCCUUAUCAGCCGUGGAUGCGCAUGUCGGCAGGCACAUAUUUUCAAAGUGUGUCGAUACUGCGUUGCGGGAGAAGACGGUGUUGUUUGUGACCCACCAGCUCCAGUAUCUUAAGAUGUGCGACCGGGUAAUUCUUAUGAAAGAUGGUCGAGUCGCAGAAGACGGAACGCACAGGGAGCUCAUGGAUAACGGUGAGGAGUACUGCAAUCUCAUCAAGACAUUCCAUAGCGAUACUAGCGACGAUAGCGACGACGUUGAUCCACAGGACGAAGUGACUGUCAAAAGCCAAGACGGUCUCGGAGGUUGUGAUGAUGAAAGUGAAAGUUUUGGGGAGAGUGGGAGCGACUGUAUGCCGAGCGAGAAGCGAUCUACGAAGAAGGAAGUUGACAAAGACACCUUGAAGGGUCAACAAAAUAACAGCGAAAAUUUGAAAACAUCUACUUCAGACCCGAUCACACCUAGGAUAAUUAUAUCAGGACCAGAGGAUAGUCCGGGACAAGACGUUUUUGAGGACAAUGCGGGAGGGGAUGGUAAAUGUGACGAUAAGAGGGAACAAACCAACACCAAAAUUAUUAUAGAUGAAGACAUUGACAAAGACGUUGACAAAAUCCAGGAUGCUCAAGAAAUUCCACAAGUAGAAAAGACUACUGAGGUCACAAACGAUGAUUCUUAUCGCCAAAGUCAAGAUUCUAGUCGUCCUCAUACACAGCCAAUCACUUUCAAUCUGCAAAAAGAUACGGAAUGCGUAGAAAUUAAGAAACCUAAGGACGCAGAGAUCACUGGUGAUUCGGAGGAUGAAGAUCUUCUUGAGGAGGAUAAAUCUGGAAGUGCUCCAGGUUCUCCAGUGAGAAAGUCUCUGCCACCUUUGAGGAACUUCAUGAGGGGGAUCAGUGCGGAUGUUGCAGCCUCACUGGCCUGCUCAGAGGAAUCAGUAUUUUACGAUGGUAAGUUGGUUGAAGAUGAAGAGACAGGGGACCGGGGACUCAGCAUGGGUACCAUCCAUGAAUACAUCCAAUCAGCCGGAGGCUACAUCGUGGCCCUCGUUAUGAUCCUAUUCUUCAUAUUUUCUGUUGGGACGGUGGUGCUCUCCAACUGGUGGCUCAGUUUUUGGCUUAAUGCUGGCAGUGGGAACACCACCAUCAUUGUUGACAACGAGAUGGUUACCAGUGACAGCAUCACCGACAAUCCCAGACUGCAAUACUACCAGCUUGUUUACGGGUCACUUGCUAUCACGUUCAUGGCUGUUACAAUCGUCCGUUGCUUCCUGUACGCCACAGUUACUUUAAAAGCGUCGUCCACGCUUCACCGAAAGGUCUUCCAUCGAGUAGUCCACAGUCCCAUGAGUUUCUUCGACGUUACUCCACUUGGUAGAAUACUCAACCGCUUCUCCAACGAUCUUGAUGAACUGGAUAUCAAUCUUCCCCUCAAGAUGGACAACGUCCUCAAUAACGGCAUCCUCAUCUUCUUCAGCUUGCUGACCUUAGCUCUGGUCUUUCCCCUCCUUCUCGUUGCCCUGCUCGUGAUCUUCUGCUUGUACCUCGUCCUGAACUCGUUCUUCCGGCAGGGCAUCCGGGACAUCAAGAGGUUCGAGAAUGUCGCGCGGUCGCCAUGGUUCUCCCACAUCAUGACGACAGUUCAGAGUCUGUCUACGAUUCACGCCUACAGGAAGAAUGAUGAGUUUAUAGAAAGGCUUCAUCACCACUUAGAUGACAGUACUAACUUAUUAAUCCUCUUCUACAUUGCUAAUCGUUGGUUGGCUGUCCGCUUUGACACGAUCACCUUGCUGCUGACGAGUGCUACUGGACUGUUUGCCGUCCUGUCACACGGGAUUGUCCCGGCCGCAACUAUCGGUUUAGCCAUCGUCUACUCCAACCAGCUUCUAGGUUUGACACAAUACACAGUACGGCUUGCAGCCGAAGUCAAUGCUAGAUUCACCUCUGUGGAAAGAAUAACUUACUACAUUAAUGAGUUAGAACAGGAGGCACCCCAGUCUAUUAAGAAGACCAAGCCAGCGCAAAUUUGGCCGACCGAGGGGAGGAUCGUCGUCAGGAAUCUGAAGAUGAGGUACAGGAAACAUCUUCCCAUGGUGCUAAGAGGAAUCAAUUUCGACAUCCACCCCAACGAGAAAGUCGGCAUCGUUGGGCGAACAGGGUCUGGCAAGUCAUCACUAGGAGUUGCAAUGUAUCGUCUGGUAGAGAAAUCCCACGGCAGUAUUCUAAUUGACGGAGUAGAUAUUAGUCAGAUCGGCUUGUACGACCUUCGCUCUAAGCUCUCCAUCAUCCCUCAAGAUCCCGUCUUGUUUAUCGGAACAAUCAGGUAUAAUUUAGAUCCGCAGAAUAAGUUCACAGAUGAGGAGAUCUGGAAGGCACUGGAGAAGACAUACAUGAAGGAAACGAUAAGCAACCUUGAUCAACAGCUCCAAGCUCCUGUCGUUGAAAAUGGGGAGAACUUCUCCGUCGGCGAGAGACAACUGCUGUGCAUGGCAAGAGCUCUCCUUAGAAACAGCAAGAUUCUAAUCCUUGAUGAGGCAACGGCUGCCAUUGACACCGAGACGGACAGCUUGAUUCAGCAAACCAUCAAACAAGCGUUCACCAACUGUACCAUUCUGACCAUCGCUCACAGGCUAAACACCAUCCUAGACUCGGACAGGAUUAUGGUCCUCAGCGCUGGAAAGAUUGUUGAGUUUGAUUCACCAUCAGCAUUGCUUGGCAACCCCUGCUCGUAUUUUAGCUUAAUGAUGUCGACCGUUGGUGACAAGAUAAUCAAGUAGAGACAUUCUUAAAGACGAGCUCCACGGUCAAAUUUGUUGAGAAUUUGUAAUUUUCCCCUCCGACUUUCAUCAUAGUAAUAUUAAAUAUAAUAAUAUCAAAGUCUUAUAGCGCACAUAUCGAAGUCUUAUAGCGCACAUAUCUACCAGCAAAGUAC